UUUUAAAAAACCCCAAAUUCAAAUUUUCUUUUCUUAAAUUUUCCAGGUCACAGUUACUUUGGUGUUUUCCCGCAUUUACAAGCAAGGAAACCUAAUCUAACUACCUCAUAAAAAAAACAUAAAACCAAUAUUUUUCUUUCAUUCUCUUCUUAAUUGAACAAUGUCGGACGCUGCUGCUCCCACCACCGCCCCCGCUGCCCCUGCAGUUGCCCCCGCUGCCGCCGCUCCUGUCGAGGUUGCUGCCCCCGCUGUCUCCACUGAGGCUGCCGCUGCCCCUGCUGUAGCUGGCCCUACCGACGCCGCUGGCGCCCCCGUUGAUGGUGCCGCCGUCCCCUUCUCCAACGUGUCCCUGUACGUUGGUGAGCUCGACCCCUCUGUCACUGAGGCCAUGCUCUUUGAGCUGUUCAACAUGGUUGGCCCCGUUGCCAGCAUCCGCGUGUGCCGCGAUGCGAUUACCCGUCGCAGCUUGGGCUACGCCUACGUGAACUUCCACAACCACUCGGAUGGUGAGCGUGCUCUGGAGGCCCUCAACUACACCGAGAUCAAGGACCGUGCUUGCCGCAUUAUGUGGUCUCAGCGCGACCCUAGCCUGCGCAAGGAUGGCUCCGGCAACAUCUUUAUCAAGAACCUUGACCCGUCGAUUGACAACAAGGCGCUCCACGACACCUUUGCCGCGUUCGGCAACAUUCUGAGCUGCAAGGUUGCUCCCAAUGAGAACGGCGAGUCCCUCGGCUACGGCUACGUCCACUACGAGACCCGCGAGGCGGCCGACCUGGCAAUUGAGAACGUCAAUGGUAUGCUGCUCAACGACACCAAGGUGUUUGUCGGCCACCACGUCUCCCGCCACGAGCGCCAGAAGCGCAUGGCCGAGCAGCGCUCGCAGUUCACCAACCUGUACGUCAAGUUCCUCGCCCCCGAGAUUGACGACGCCGAGCUCGACACAAUGUUCUCCAAGUACGGUGAGAUCACCUCGGCCAUUGUCCAGCGCGACGAGGAGGGCGUGUCCCGCGGCUUCGGCUUUGUCAACUUCAAGGACCACGAGGAUGCCAGCAAGGCCCUGGACGGCCUGCACGAGACCGAGUACAAGGGCCAGACCCUGUUUGUGUCGCGCGCCCAGAAGAAGGCCGAGCGCAACGAGGAGCUGCGCAGCCAGUACGAGCAGUCGCGUAACGAGAAGCUCAGCAAGUACCAGGGCGUCAACCUGUAUGUCAAGAACUUUGAGGACGACGUCGAUGAUGACAAGCUGCGCCAGGAGUUUGCCCCGUACGGUGUCAUACCAGCGCCAAGGUCAUGCGCGACGAGAAGGGUCAGUCCCGGGGCUUCGGCUUUCCCCUGUACGUUGCUCUUGCCCAGCGUCGCGACCAGCGCCGCCAGCAGAUCGAGGCCACCAAGCGCCAGUGGCAGGGAGUUCCCCAGAUGGGCGCGCCCGUCUUCGAACCCGCGCCCCGUCCGCUGGCAGGGUGCCCAGGCCCCCAUUCCGGGCCAGUACCCCAUGCCCAGCCAGUACCCUGCUCCCGGCCAGUACCCUGUGCCCUCCAACGGUGUUCGCCCGGCGCGUCCCCGCAACAACCGUCAGGCUGGCAACCGCGGUGGCUACGCUGCCCGCGGCGGCCGUGGUGGCUACCGCGGCAACUCGCGCACUGCCCAGCAGACCUCUGCCCAGCCGCAGGAGGCCUCGCAGGCUGAUGCGCCCGCUGCCGACGUUGAGCAGUCCGCUUCCGUGCUCACUGCUGCUUCCUUGGCCUCGAUGGAGCCCGAGGAGCAGAAGCAGGUUCUCGGCGAGGCGCUGUACCCCCUCAUUGCCGCUCUCGAGGAGAGGCUGCCCCGAAGAUCACCGAUGGACAACGGCGAGCUGCUGCACCUUAUUGAGAACCCCGAGGCCCUCAAGGCUAAGGUCGUCGAGGCCAUCGAGGUUUUGAAGGAGGAGACCACCGAGUAAAGAGUGAAAUGAGGGAGGGAACGUAUUUGUAUGGGUGGUGGAGAAAGUUUGCUGUUUUUAGUUGGACACUAUUAUUUUUUAUUUAUCUGUCUCCUGUCUCUUGUACCUUACUUUAUUUUACUUUUUAGUCUUAGUUUAUUGUCAACAUUGUUCAAUUUUGCACCUGGA